AUGACACGGACUUGUGAUAAGGAGAAGGAACAUCAAGAAAAAGAAGCUUUAAUAAAGCGAAUUGAUGUCUUGACACUUCCCAAUGAACGAAUGACGGAAAUGAAAGAGCGACAAGAUGAGCAAAUGGAAUUGUAUCAGUUGAAGGUUCAUGAUUUGACUCAAAAGCUUCAAAAAUUGGCAGAAUGGAGUGGUGAAGAGAAAGAAAUCGAACCUAAAGUUCAAGCAGUCGUGUCUUCACUACCACUUGAAUCUUCAGCUUCAUGA